GCAGAGCAACCAGAGUCCAGAGUUUAGUCAUAGGCUCAUAGCAGGGCAGGUGGUAAUGGCCAACGAAAGGUCCCUCAGUUUUAGAAAGAAGCAAAUCUCCAUACGCUCCAUCCCUCAAUUGGAGGACGUGACAGCCGUGAAGACAAGUUUCAACCGCCAUCUUCACCAGACGGUUGUCAAGGACCGCCAUGUAGCGACCAAGAGAGACUUUUACAUUACACUGGCACACACAGUCAGAGAUCAAAUGGUUACUAGAUGGAUGCGCACACAGCAGAAGUACUACGACGUUGAUCCUAAACGUGUGUACUAUAUUUCAAUGGAGUUUCUGAUUGGACGAUCGUUAAUGAAUGCAAUGGUUAAUCUGGGUAUCGACACCAACUGUGAAGAAGCAUUGUAUCAGUUGGGUCUUGAACUUGAAGAGUUGCAAGAGAUCGAAGAAGAUGCUGGGCUAGGUAAUGGAGGGUUGGGCCGAUUGGCUGCUUGUUUCAUGGACUCCAUGGCAACGCUGGAACUACCUGCCUAUGGAUACGGCAUGAGAUAUGAGUACGGAAUAUUUACUCAGAAAAUUAUUGAUGGCUGCCAAGUGGAAAUACCGGACGAGUGGUUAAGGUUUGGAAACCCGUGGGAGAUACCGCGACCUGAAUACUGCAUACCCAUCCAUUAUUAUGGACGCACUGAGAUUGAUGGCUGGGUGGGCACUCAGGUUGUAAUGGCCAUGGCAUACGAUUAUCCAGUUCCAGGCUUUAAGAAUGGGACGGUCAAUACAAUGAGGCUAUGGUCGGCUAAAUCACCAAAUAGUUUUGAUCUCUCGUACUUCAAUCAUGGUGACUACAUUAAAGCUGUUCUUGAUAGAAAUUUGGCUGAAAACAUUUCUCGUGUUUUAUACCCGAAUGAUAACAUGAUGGAAGGCAAAGAACUGCGUCUUAAGCAAGAAUACUUCCUUUGCUCUGCCAGUCUUCAAGACAUUGUUAGACGUUAUAAAGUUUUCAAAGAGAGGAGUGGAGGGAAGAAAAGGGACUCUUUUAAAGAGUUUCCUGAUAAAGUUGCCAUACAGCUAAAUGAUACUCACCCUGCUCUUAGCAUCCCUGAGUUAAUGAGGAUCUUUCUAGACAAUGAGAAGCUGGAUUGGGAAGAUGCCUGGGAUAUUUGUGUCCGUACCUUUGCCUACACUAAUCAUACUCUCCUACCAGAGGCACUGGAGCGCUGGCCCGUCGCUAUGCUUGAGCGAAUUCUUCCGCGACAUUUGCAAAUUAUUUAUGAAAUUAACUCAAGACAUUUGAAGGCUGUAGGCCUCCGCUGGCCGAGUGAUGUGGACAGGUUGAGAGGUUUGUCCAUUGUUGAGGAGGAACCAGAGAAGAGGAUCAACAUGGCCCACCUUGCUAUCAUUGGAUCACACAGCGUCAAUGGAGUAGCUGCCAUACACUCAGAACUACUGAAGACAUCAAUUUUUAAGUUAUUUUAUGAGAUGACUCCUGAUAAGUUUCAGAAUAAGACCAAUGGUAUUACCCCAAGACGGUGGCUGAGGCACUGCAAUCCAGCACUGGCUGAUGUUAUUUCUGAACGAAUUGGAGAGGAUUGGGUUGUAAAACUUGAUGAAUUAAAGAAGCUCCUCAAACUUUCUGAAGACGAGAAAUUCAUUGCUGCUGUAUACAAAGUCAAACAGGAAAAUAAAGACAAGUUUGCUGAGCAUUUGGAAGAGAAAUAUGGCGUUAAAAUCAACCCCAAGAGCAUGUUUGACUGUCAAGUUAAGCGCAUUCACGAGUACAAGAGACAACUCCUGAACUGCCUUCAUAUCAUCACCCUUUACAACAGAAUGAAGAGUAAUCCUGGCAAGUCUUAUGUUCCACGCACAGUACUGAUAGGAGGAAAGGCUGCUCCUGGAUAUCAUGCUGCCAAAUUGAUAAUUCAAUUAAUAAACUGUGUCGCAAAAGUUGUUAAUAAUGAUCCUGACAUCAACGACAAUCUAAAGGUCAUCUUUCUCGAGAACUAUCGUGUCUCUUAUGCCGAGAAAGUCAUACCAGCCUCCGAUCUAUCAGAGCAGAUCUCAACUGCUGGUACUGAAGCAUCAGGAACUGGAAAUAUGAAGUUUAUGGCUAAUGGUGCCCUUACCAUUGGCACAUUAGAUGGAGCUAAUGUGGAGAUGAGGGAGGAAAUGGGCCCGGAGAACAUAUUCAUUUUUGGCAUGAACGUGAAGGAAGUUCAGGAACUAAAGUCAUCUGGCACAUACAAUCCAAGGCAAUAUUACGAAGCUAACGAGGAAUUGAAAUUGGCCAUUGACCAGAUUAGGAAUGGUUAUUAUUCUCCAAAUCAGCCGUCUUUGUUUCAUAGCAUCGUUGAUCAUCUCCUCUCCCAUGAUACGUAUUGCCUCAUGAAAGAUUAUGAAUCGUACAUUGAGUGUCAGGAAAAAGUGUCCCAAGCAUUUUUGAAUCGCCGCCAAUGGUUGUCAAUGUGCAUUAAAAACAUUGCCGCCGUUGGUAAGUUUUCAAGUGACAGGACGAUAAUGGAAUAUUGUGAUGACAUAUGGAAGUCAACCCGUGUACCUGUUCCAAAGGACACCUAAUCUUAGCCUCAACUUUCUCCUCCUAGUUCUUGUUUUAGUGUAGUAGUAUCAUUUAGAGGAUAAUUUAGGUAGCCACUGACAAUUCAUUAGCCAGUUGUACAUGUAUAGUUGUUUCUUGUUUGUCUAUUUUUGUUUUUUAUUCUCAUCUUGCCAAACACUA